AUGAUAUUCGCGCCAUUCACUGGAAAAGACAAUCACGGCAGAUGUGUCUCGUUUGGAGCUGCUCUCAUGUUUCGCGAAGAUGAAAAUGCUUAUGCUUGGGUUUUGGAAAGAUUUAAGGAGUGCAUGGGUUCUGCUCCUACAAUGUUGAUCACUGAUCAAGAUCCGGCAUUGAGGAAGGCAGUUGCAUCUGUUUGGCCUGAUACAAAACACAGAUUUUGUAUGUGGCAUAUAACCAUGAAGGUUAAAGAAAAGUUGCCAAAUAGUUUGAUGGACAAUUCUGAUUUGAGGGCCAAACUCGACAAUAUAAUAUGGACCGACAAUGAUGAGCCGACUGUUUUCGAGGAGAAGUGGAGAGAUUUUAUUGAGGAAUACGAAUUAUCCGAAAACAGAUGGUUUAAUGACAUGUAUGAGGAUCGUGCAUUAUGGAUUCCUGCGUAUUUCAGAGAUAUACGUAUGAGUGGGUUAUUUCGCACUACGUCUUUAUCGGAGAGCGAAAAUAGUUUUUUUCGGCAGUACUUGAACAAGAAUUCAGAUCUCUUGAUGUUAUAUAUGAAUUUCAACAGCGCAAUGGACUAUCAACGUCAUACAUACCAUAAGGUUACAUAUGAUGAUGAGACUUGUGCGCCAGUUUUGAAAACUAAUGUUGCUUUGGAGACUCAUGCAUCUACUCUUUACACAAGCACUGUAUUCAAGGAUGUACAGGAUGAGAUUGAAGCAUCUAAGGACACUUGCAUGAUGUUUGGUGUCUCAUAUAAUGGUGAAGAUUGCACAUAUUCCGUGGAUGAUUUACAUGAUGGAAAAUUCAAAGUUGUUUAUGAGGCUGGUGAAGACUAUUUAUCGUGUUCCUGUAAGCUGUUCAUCAGGAAAGGUCUCUUAUGCCGUCACAUCUUCGUGGUAUUACGCUACCGUAAAGCCUCAAAAAUACCAGAGAAAUACAUUCUUCCUCGCUGGUGUAAGUUGAGCAGAUUGUCCCCACAGUACGCUGCUCUUUAUUUAGCAGAACCUUCGUCACAAAUAAACUCAACUUUUGGGAACCAACGCUUAUUUGUAUUAUUGACAGAGACUCUUGGUUAUGUAAAUGGUAAUGAAGAGUUGACGAAUCGUUUGUUUCUGAAACUAACUGAAGUACGUGACGAGUUCAAGGAGCUUUGCAGGCCUGACCAAGGUUCGUCAUCCCAGCUGAAUAAUUUUGAACAAUUUUAUGGUUCAUCUAUUCCUGAGGUACCUUCUGUUCUACCACCAUUGGCAUCGAAAACUAAAGGUAGCGGAGCAGGUGGGCGUAGGAAAUCACAUGCAGAGAAGGCCAUGUUAUUAGCUCAGAAACCCUUGCGCCUUUGCAGGAAAUGCAACCGUAAGUGUCACCAUGAUUCGAGGAAUUGUCCUGGCAAAGAUGGAGAUGUGGAUGUAUAA